AUGCUCUCCCUCCCGGCCUUGCGCCUCGCUCUGGCGGCGUUCAUACAGCCAGUCCUCUCCGCAUCCAUCCCCGAGACACAACACACGGCCCUGUCCACUCGCGACGUAUCGGCAUGCCGCCUCCAGGCGCCGGCCGGCGUGUACCUCAGCCUCGGCUUCGACUACGCCGGGCCGUGCGCCCCGAGCACGGGCACGCUGCGCGCCUUCAUGUUCUUCGUCGACUUCCCGGACCACCCCGCGCCGUCGACAGAGGACCCGCAGGCGCUGUACGACGAGUACUUCUCCGCCGCGCCGGGGUGGUACGCGCAGGCGUCGUACGGGAGGCUUGCCCUGAACGUGACUCUCGAGGGCGACGGCUCGUCGUCGGCCCCGCGCUUCGUGCGCAUGGGCGCACGCGCGGACUCGUACGGAUGGCAGCGCGGGCUGACCUACGAGGCGCACCAGACGUACGUCCUCGACGCGCUCGACGCCUACACCGCGGCGACGGGGCGGGCGGCGCCCACGGGCUACGACGUGCUGUACGUCGUGCCCACGACGCGGGCGGCGCCCAUCUCGUUCAGCCCGACCUUCAUGGGCGAGGUGCGGCAGCGGGGUUCGCCGUCUUCCGCGCCGCCCGUGGCCGGCAAGGCCGUCACGAUCGGCAUGGACGCGUACGCGACGUGGAAGUCCAAGGUGAUCAACCACGAGACCGGGCACACCAUGUGCCUGCCGGACCUGUACCCCGAGGGCCGCGACGUGGGGCUCUACGUCGGCGGGUGGGACAUGAUGGGGUACAUCCUCGGGCCCUCGCCCGACUACUUCGCCUGGAGCCAGUGGAGGCUCGGGUGGAUCUCCGACGCGCAGGUCGAGUGCGUCUCCGGGCCCGGGUCGAGCGCGCACACGCUCAGCGCGCUGGAGCUCGACGACGGGACCCGGGGCGGCACCAAGGCGGUCGUCGUGCGGCACAACGGGACGGACGUGCUGGUCGCCGAGGCGCGGACCCGGGCCGGCGUCGACUCGGCGUCGUGCGCGACGGGGGUGCUGCUGUACACGGUGUCGGUGGCGACGGCGACGGGGAACGGCCCCGUGCGGGUGCUGGAUACGAAGCCUAAUAGCGGAGGGUGCGGUGGGCACGAGAAGAACGACGCUCCGCUGAGUACGGUCGGGACGUCUUUUACUGUCCCUGGGUGGAAUGUCAAGGUCACGCUCACGGGGCAGUGCGGCAGUCAGUACACCAUCCGGGUGGAUGUCUCGUAG